AUGGAUCAAAAUGCAACUGAGAUUAUACCAAAAACCAGCUGCAAUUACGCCUUGUGCACCUUAUCUGCAUCACUGCAUUUCAGUAAAGGCAGCAUUCUUUCUAUAGCGGUCACAAAAGACUCCAUUUUCACGGGCUCAUCCACGAGUAAAAUCCACGCAUGGAAAUUACCAGAAUGCAUGGACAUGGGUUGUGCGAAAACCCCGUCAGGUGAAAUUCGCGCCAUGUCAGCUCACGGUAAAACGCUUUUCACCACGCACAGCGACUGCAGAACACGCGCGUGGGAAUUUUCACCGUCAGAAAAAUUCCGGCUAAAGAAGAAAGCAACUUUGCCCCCUAGAAGAAAAUCAUUCUUCUCGUUUUCAAAAAAGGGUAAUAAUAAUAAUAGCACUCACUGGCAUAAUAAUAGAGUCUCAGUCUCGUGCCUAGCCUACGACACCAAUGAGGAGCUCCUUUUCACGGGCUCAGCAGAUCAAACAGUCCACGUGUGGAAAAUCUUAGAGAAAAAAUGCACGGAAUCAUUUAAGGCUCACGAAGGCCGUGUUAGUGCAAUCGUGGUGAACCAACAAGAUAGGUGUGUAUUUACGUGUUCGUGUGACGGGACAUUGAAAAUGUGGAGAAGGGUUUAUAGAGAAAGCUCGCAUAUUCUAAUUAUGGUGCUCAUGUCCCAACCAUGUCCGAUUAAUGCCUUGGCUCUAAGCUCAUAUCCUAACGACUGCUAUCUGUACUCGGGCUCGUCUGAUGGGAUUAUAAACUUUUGGGGAAAGGAGAUAAUUUCUGGGAGGUAUAAUCACGCGGGGUUCUUGCGUGGUCAUCAUUUUGCUAUUCUUUGCCUGGCGACUAUAGGGCGUUUGAUCCUUAGUGGUUCGGAGGAUGCAACUAUACGUAUAUGGAAACGGGAGAAUGGGAGUCCUUUGCAUUCGAGUCUUGCGGUGAUCGACGGUCAUCAUGGACCUGUCAAGUGCUUAGCCGCGGUUAUGGAAAGUGAUUACGAAAAUUUGGGGGGGAUUUUAGUGUGUAGUGCCAGUCUAGACCAAACGCUUAAAGUAUGGAAAGUCAAAGUUAGUGAUUCCUGA